GCGUCUCGGUUAUUUGGAAAGCAAGGUGCGAGUUGCCGAGGAGCCGUUUGCUGCUCGCUGACCCCCCCCCCCCUCCUACUGGUUCUUCUCAGUGCUUUUUUUUUCUUUUUCCUUUCCACGUGUGGGGUAUUUCUUGCCCUCUGCGCAGACUUUCUGAUUAUUUGUUUUGUUUUGUUUUUCUUUAGUAGAGUAGUACGGCAAUUACCACAUUUGUAUACACACCCACGCAGGGCACAUUCACAUCGCACGCACGCCAUUUAGAUUUCCGGUCUGCGUCGCUUACAUGCGGAGGAGCUGCUGUCUUGUGUAUGUGUAUGUGUGUGUGUAUUUCCAUAUUCUGUCGGUUUUUUUUUUUCCCUGGUUCAGUUGUCGCACCGUAGCGCAUGCUGACGCUGUAGAGCUCCGUUAAAAGAGAAGAUAUAUAUAUAUACGUAUAUUCUUUUCUAUUUAUUCAUUUACAGCAACCGUGAGACCGUCUCAGCAGCGCCACUUCACUGCGUUAGCUCCAACCGCAAUUUCAUCUCCCUUCGAAGUCCCACACCAUUCUUUUGUUGUUGUCGCCCUUUUUCCCACCUCUUCGGCGCUGUUGUCGUGAUUCUAUUUGUCGGUUUCUUAUUAUUAUUAUUAUUUUGUAGCGGCGAAGUAGCCCACAAACCUGGUAGAGUGGAAGAUGGACACUACAGCGGAGAGCAGCACUUUCGUGCAGAGUGAGGCGAACGCCUCGCACGCCCACGCGGACACCAACACCGCGAAGGUCGGCAUCGGGGCCGGCAGCGCGGCGAAGCACGACGAGCGGGAGGCGCUGGCCGCCAGCGACGAAGACGAAACAACGAACCCAUACGAGCCGGAAGACGGGGAGCAGCCCCACUCGCAGGGGGACAACACCACCGUAAGCGCAGAGACCCACUCCUCCUCCCUCGCGUCGUCGUCCGCCUCUCCAGUCUCCGCUCGCUCGGCCACGCCGUCGCACGACGCGGCGCAACCCGCGGAGCAGCCUCCGCGAGACGCCGCGAUGUUAGAGUCUGCAGCGACGACGACGACAGUGAGGGGCCGCGAUGGGUCGAACCUGGGGAAUGAGGUGCCGCGCCCCACACACCCCUCUCAGGAAUCCCCGUCGGUGUCCGCCAUGUCGGCGCCGCUGAGCAACGCCGCCGCGCAGCAGCCUUCCCCAAACACGAGCACGGCGUUCCCUGCGGAUGUGUCGUUGAUUGUCGCCUUGGCUGGCGAGGCUGAGGCGGCACCAUCGCCCCCCACGUCGCAGUCUUUCAACGCACCCAAUGGCGUUUCCCCGAUCCGCAGCAAUUUCGUUGGCGGUCCUGGUGGGCCGGGGCGGUCCGCCACUUCGGCCGCUGGUCCUGCUGGUCCUGCUGCCCGCACCUCCCCCUACGCGCAGGCCUCACCCUUCCCCUCCGCACCGCAGACGGCGAACAGCAGCGCCAUGUACCCGCUGUCCGACAGCUACGCCAUCCCGCAGAGCACAGGUGUGAACGCGCCGUCCUUCACCACCUCCCACCCGACCCCCUUGACCAAUGCAACGCGCGACCGGCCCAACAGUGCCAGCACGUCGCCCUACCCACGCCCACAGCCGACCUACGCGGCGACGGCACAAGGGGCAGAGACGGAGUUCUUCGGUCGGCCUGGCCCUCGCGCUGCGGGACCCGCUGCACCAACGAACGCGGCAUCGGCGGGCGCGGUGGCGGUGGUCGGCCCCCCCGCUUCCGAGGAGCGUCGUCUCGUGACCAUUCCUGUGAGCGACAACGACGAGGAGAAGGACGGCGACGCGGACACGUUGCACGCAAAGCGGCAGCGUCAGUGGGGUGUGCCUGCCGACGGUGAGCUGCCGCACCGCUCCCGCCGUCUCCGCCCGGAGGACGACGCCGUCGACACAUCACCGGUGGAGGACGACGGUGAUGGCACGCACUCGGAUGAGGAGCGAGAGGAGGCGGACGGCAGCUACGCCACCGGCAGCUACAGCUACUCCGACUACUACAGCUACAGUGACGAGGAAGACGCGGAGGACUACGAGUACUACGAGGAGUUCUACGAGGAAGAAGUCGAAGAGGACGAAGAGGACGAAGAGGAGCCGCGCAUCGACAUCAUCGAGGGCGAUGGCCACGGCCACACCCUGAACGACAUCCUCUACGGCACCCCGAAGGCGGGGGCCAACCCGAAGAACGACUACAACAAGGACUUCACCGACUCCAUUCGCUCCGAUGUGCCGGACAGUCGCGACGCCGCGAAGGCGAAGGAGAGUCGGCGCGGUCACUCCCACCCACGCCGUCAGCGCGCGGCAGCGGAGGAAGACGUCCAGGAGACGCCGUCCAUGACGCCCACCGAGUCCUCGCAGACGUCUUCACGCUCGGAGCAACAGGAGGUGGAGGAAGAAGAAAGUGAGGAGGCGGCGGCUCGCGGACCGGUCCGUCGUGCUACGCCGGAGCGGGCGGCUCGUCGUCAUCACCGCAACAACAACAAACCGUCCAAGCACGACGAUGAGCCGGCCGAGAGCGAUGACCAGGAGGGGGAGCCGCAAGAGCGGCAGCGUGUCGCGGCAGUCGUGCCGGCGAAAGAUGGCAAGAAGCUCUACAAGCGCGGAGAGCCGUACACCGAGGGGACCUACAAGCCAAAGAAGGGCAAGAAGGAGAAGGAGAAGAAGGCCGCCAAGCACUACGGCCGGGGGAAGGACCUGGACGGUGCUGCGACGAGCAGCGAGGACGACGACAACAGCAGCGGCGGCAGCGGAGAUGAGGAGCGGCACGAGCCCAUGACCGCUGCCGCCGCCGCAACAAGAGUUGGUGCGAAGGCGGCGGACUUCUCCUCGUCCUCGCUGGACGCGACAGAAUCGAGCAGCUUCGAUGGCGACUUCACUGCCGCGUCUCGCGGCGUCUCCCGCCAUCGUCGUGGUGAACGUCGCGGGGAGGCGAAGGCGAAGAAGGGCGAUGCCUCCGCGCACGGCAGCCACAGCAGCAGCAGCAGCACCUUCAGCGAUGGGGAGGAGGAAGAGAGGGAGGGGGCCGGGUCGGACCUCUCAGAGGCAGCGGCGGCGGCACCCGCAGCGAAGGCGAAGUCGAAGAAGGCGACCGAUGACAAGGCGGCGAAACAGAGAACGAAGAGCCCGCGAGCCGGGUCGCAAGACGCGGGGGCGGUGGUAGUCGCCGAGGAACCCGUCAAGACCCCGCAGACGCUGGAGGGCAAGAAGGACGCGGAGCCGAAGACGGAGGGGACGAAGGAGGAAGGGGACAAAGAGGAGAGCAAGCCAAAGACCGACGCCGAUGCCGCUGCAUCCGAGCCGAAGGCGAAGCAAAAGAAGGAGAAGGCCGGUGUCAUGUCCCGCUGCCUGAGCAAGUUCUUCUGCCGGAAAACGAAGGAUGGCAAGGAUCUUGACCCGAAGGAGGAGGAGAGGGAAGCCAGGCAGGAGGCGAAGAAGGCGAAGGCCGCCGCCAAGAAGGCCAAGAAAGAGGAAGAAGAAAAGAAGAAGAAAGCGGGCGACAAAAAGAAGAAGGGCGGCAUCCUCGGCGGCCUGUGCGCCGGCGGCGGCAAGAAGUCCGCGAAGGACUCCGUCGGCAACAAAAACGGCGACACAAAGAAGCCAACGAAGGCCGACGAGGGGAAGGCGGCGGAGGAGGAGGCGGCGAAGAAGGAGGCAGGGGAGGAGGAGGCAAAGCCAGCAGCGACGACACAGGAAGAGGCGAAGAAGGAUGAAAAGCCCGCCGCGGCGCCUCCGGUGGAGCAUCCGUCCGACAAUGAGCCCGCAAAGGAGGCGGGGGAAAAAGACCAACAGGCAGCGGACGAGCCGGCGAAGUCCCCCACACAAGCGAGUCGUGCCAAAGGCGAGGCCACGGAGAAGCAGCCGGCGCACACCGACGCGGUGGGGACCACCGCCCCCCUCUCCGAGAGCUCCUCACCAGCCGCCGCGACAGACGAAGAGGCGAGCAACUCCGGAGCCGUGCCCGUGCCCGUGUCAGCCGAGGAGAAGCGACAUCGUCCGCGGGUCGCCGUCGCAAGCGCCACUGCGGCCCCGGUCAGCGCGGCAGAAUCGAAAAGGAAGCGAAAGAAGACGAAGACAGACAAGAAGGCGUCUCGUCACGUCCACCGCCAUUCGCAUCCAGACGAAGGUGCCGCGGUGGAGCCGGAGAGAGCCGAAGAAGAAGAGGAGGAAGACGAGACGAUUGCUGUAAAAGACGCAUCCGCCUCCGCAGCAGCAGCGCAGCCGCCGCGCCGCCACCGUCGUCCUCGUGCCGGUGCCGUGGAGAAGGAGAAGGAGAAGAGGAAGAAGAGUUCCAAUGUCGCGAAGUCAGACAAGGGUAAGACGCCCAACAAGAAUGUCAUCUCGAUUGAGGCGACGCCGGUAAAUCAAACCUCACCGCUUAGAAAAACACCGAAUGCGUCGCCGGCGUCUGCGAAGAAAAAGGGCGGACCUAACGCGUGGGAUGACGUGGACUGA